UCCAGGACUUUAUCCUCCUAACUGCCACAAGGACCAUGUGCUGCAGCCCCACAAGGACCCUAGUACACAGACUUAUCCAUCAGUAGCUGUAAAUAGAUCACAUCUCCGUAAAUGUAAAUAACACGAUGGUAUUUGAUAGACCAUCUUCAUAACUGUGUCAAACAGAUCACAACCAAUUGAUCUUCAUGAUUGUAACUAGACAUGUCACAUCUAGAACAUCAUUGUUGUAUCUACAAAUAACAACCGAUAGAUCUUCCUAACUGCAUCUAUGUAUACAGGUUAUGGUCUAUGGAUCAUUAUAAUUUUAUUAUAUCUAAGCAAAUCUACCACCGUCGUAAUCCAAACUUAAUUCCCUAUCUAGUAUCACGAACAACUUUUCUACCCUUCCAACGUACAACUGAUUUGGCAGUAUAAACUAUAAUCUCGCAUACCGAUCUAUUCUAUAAACACAGUGGUUGGUGCAUGAUUGAUUCGAGUGGCUGUACAUUUCUAAAUCUAAAUUAUAAUGCAAGUUGGGAAUGUUUAAUUCUGUAUUAGGCGAAGAAGGUGGGAAGUUGCCCAGUCUUGUCGCCCAGACAAGAAGAAAGAUACAAAAUUGACCGCCCGAGCGCUAGUCUUGUCUAGUCUCACAAAAUAUAGGGAAAGGAUUCCAAGUUCACAUGUGGGCAGGCCCUCAACAACUCCAGCUAAGCCACCGUGCAUAGACUCUUGACUUGGUAAUACACAUUGGCUGUCGGGGUGUAGGAUGAUAUAUAUAUAUAUAAGUUCAGCCAGAGGCCUUCCAUUUCAUAAGCAAAUUAAGCAAACGGCUUCCAUGGCCGACGACCUUGAAACUGGAGGCACUGUCAAUGGCAGCGGCGAGCCUCGUACAGUUUCAAAGCUGUAUGAGUUCAAGGAGCAGCUCCUGCUGCUGUCGACUCUGGUCGCAACGGUGACAUACGUCGCCGGGCUGAACCUGCCCGGGGGAUCCUGGGAGCAGGAUGACCCGGGAGGUCACAUGGCUGGCGAUCCGAUCCUCCGGGACACCCACUACCGCCGUUACCUCGCCUUCUACUACUGCAACGCCACCGCGCUCGCCGCGUCGCUCGUGGUCUCCCUCAUCCUCAUCAUCCUGGAGGAGAAGCACAUUGUCUCGACAGUGGUGCUGCGGAUGGUCAUGAUGCUCGACCUACUCAGCCUCGUGGGUGCCUACGGCGCUGGGAGCUGCCGGGAUACAUUCACAACCAUCUUCGCGGUGGUAGUCUUCUCCUUUUUGGUAUUGAUUAUCAUCUUUGGUUUCUUCUACCUCUGGCUCCAUCGUCAUGAUAAGUUCCCCUCCAACUCCAACUCUAACUCCAAUCGUCCCAUCACGACCCCUGGCUUGAACUCCACCUCCAAGUCCAGAUUCUUCCUCAGCGUGAGGCGAAUCCAGAAACAGAACAGUGUGGUGAAGUCAUUCGUCGACGCCAAGAAGGAAGAGAAGGAGAAGAUUGAUGUGUUGAUGUUACUCGCAACUUUUGCUGUCACCAUCACAUACGUAGCUGGGCUGAGCCCGCCUGGUGGGUUCUGGAGCAGCACCGAGGACGGACACCGUUUGAGCGACCCGGUGUUGCAAGCUCGUGGCCGGUACCGUGCCUUCUUUGUUUGCAACACCACUUCGUUCGCCGUGUCCCUUCUCAUCAUCGUGUUGCUCUUGGAGAAGAAGCUGCUGAAGAAGCAGCUGAGCGAAAAAUUCACGGUGCGAUUCACAGUGCCCUAUGUGUUGAUCGCCGUCGCUCUGUUGGGCCUUAUGGUAGCCUAUGCUGCCGGGAGCUGCAGGGAGGCUGACAAUACCAUCUUUGUCCUUACCCUCACCGCUGCGGUUCCUGUCUGUGUGUGCCUCCAACUGGUGGUUGUUACUUGCACAAAUUGUUGGGAAGGACUCGCGACCAAGUGUGGUGAUGUCUUAGGAUGGUUCAAGAGACGGGUCAACACUCCUCGAGGCACCUCCAUAAGCACGGACAUCGAGCUACACCUUCAAAACACUCGCUAUCUUGUUAUGCUCCUUGCUACUCUUGUGGUGACCAUCACUUACCAAGCAGGACUCGAUCCACCUGGCGGACUUUGGCUAGACAGCCGGGAUGGGCAUACAAUCGGCCACCCGGUACUCCAAACAACACAUCCUACUCGGUAUCAAGUGUUCUUCUACAGCAACUCAGCAGCUUUUGUCACAUCGUUGGUUGUCAUCAUGAUGCUCCAGAGCAAGUAUCUGCUCACGCGGCACACACUAGAAGCAACCCUAGUACUGGACCUAUUCGGUCUCAUUACUGCCUAUGGCGCCGGGAGCACUAGGGAUGUAAACGCAUCCUUCUACAUCAUUGCCUUGGCGGGCAUUGUCCUUGUCUAUGUUGUUGUCCAUAUCACCAUAAGAGACCAUGACCCUGAGCCAGCAGGUGGUGAUGCUGCAGUAAAGGUUCUCGAUGACAAGCGUAAGGUGUUGCUACUGGUUGCUAUCUUGGCUGCUACCCUGACGUACCAAGCUGGUCUCACUCCUCCAGGUGGCUUCUGGUUAGCGGAUGACCAAGGGCUUGGUCGUCGUGCGGGCUUCCCAGUCCUCCUUGGCAAUUACCCUCCUCGUUACCAUGCAUUCUUCUAUUGCAAUGCAGCGAGUUUCAUGGCAUCCGUAACACUCAUCCUUCUUCUCAUCAAUCCAAAGCUAUACAGGCCAGGUAUACGUUGUUAUGCACUCUAUGUGUGCAUGCUGGUGGGCAUGUUUGGCCUCAUGGGUGCCUAUGCUGCUGGAAGCUCCCGGCAUCUCAAAACCUCCAUCAUUUUGUUAACCUUGGUUGCCGCUGUAUCAGCAUUCAUAGCCUUGCUAGUAGCCAUUUUCUGGUACAUCUAUAGAUGCAGAAAAAAAGCAGCAGCAGCAGUGGCGGCGGCAGUAACAAUGGCAACAACAGCAUCGGCUGCAAUAACAACAGCAGCGGCGGCAGCAACAAGAGCAGCGGCGGCAGCAACAACAGAAACAACAACCACAACAGCAAUAAUAGCAGCAAGAUUGAUAGCAGGGGCAACAACAACAGAAACAACAACCACAACAGCAAUGAUAGCAGCAAGAUUGACAGCAGGGGCAAUAACAACAUCAACGGUAGCACCAACAACAGAAACAAAAACCACAACAACAAUGAUAGCAGCAAGAUUGACAGCAGGGGCAACAACAACAUCAACUCUAGCACCAACAACAGAAACAACAACCACAGCAGCAAGAUUGACAGCAGCGGCAACAACAACGACACCACAAGCAGCACAAACAACAGCAACAAGCAGCAACAGCAGCAGCAGUAAAGAGAAAGAGAGACUUGAAUACUUGAUGUUACUAGGGAUCCUUGGCGCAAGUAUGACAUACCAGACUGGCCUAAAGCCACCAGGCGGCCUAUGGCAGGACAACAUGAAUGGGCACUAUGCUGGCAACCCCAUCCUCCACGACACCAACAAGCACCGGUAUAAUGCUUUCUUUUAUGGCAACUCCACUUCAUUCAUGGCGUCGAUCGUGGUGGUCGUCAUGCUGCUCCCAUUGACAUUCCAUGAACACGACCUGUCACUCUGGCCGAUGCAUUCAGCCAUUUUGCUGGACAUGCUUAGCCUCCUAGUUGCCUAUGCAGCAGGCAGUACUAGGGAGUGGGAAACCUCCAGAAACGUCAUGUUACUCGUCAUCCCUGUGUUGCUCUACAUUGCGGUCUACGUAACAGCUUCGGUCUUCUACCACAGGAAAGACCAUGUGGAACCGCCAAACCAGACUCCGCCCCCCACUGCUAGAGUGACUGCCACACCACAUCAGGAAACCAACUGAUUCUUUGUCAGGUCAAAUUCAGUGCUACAAUUUUUGUGGAACAACAUACAGAAACAUGUGGGACGAACUGAAUACGUAAAUGUGGGACAGAGUUUAUGAGAUAUUGAGCACCAUAUGUAUAUUUGAGAUAUAAUGAGUUAGUUAUUCAUAUGUGUA